AUGGCGCUCCAGCUCUUCUUUACGACAGAGAAGCCUGAGCUCCAAGAUGAGAGUGAUUCGAAGGACUCGGACACUUUUCGACCGCUGGGGAAAGGAUCCGUUUCCGAGGAGAUGUACAGAGAGCAGUCCUUUUGCUCUACUCAGACCGGAAGCUGGACCACCGCCAGCAGCAGUUCCGACAACUUGUCUCGUUUCAGAGGCUCGAAUACUAGCCGGGACUACAAACUCAAGAUGAUGGUGAAGGCCUUCUUAGAGUCAAACGGCUUCUUGCACGUCAACGAACCCCAGCAUUCGUGGGGUCGCACUCGCUACCCAUUGCACGUGGCGGUCUCCCAGAACAAGCCUGCGAUUGUCAAAGCUUUGCUGCUCCUGGGUGCGCGGCGCAAUGUGAAGACGCGGCGGGGCCUCACCCCGGAGGACCUAGCACGCCGCAGCGGCUUCGAAGAAGUCCUCAAUGUUUUGGAACAAGCGACGCUCCAGAAAGAGAGCACGCUUGAAAGCUCCCAGUCGCAGUCUCGAUUCCCUUCCGAGCCGGAGAUGUACAGGGAGCAGUCCUUCUCCUCCACCCAGACGGGAAGUUGGGAGACCAGCGAGGGCAGCCCAGAGCGAAAGGCUAACGGCUUCAUGCACAUCAACGAAGCCCAGCAUUCGUGGGGUCGCACCCGAUACCCAUUGCAUGUGGCGGUCUCCCAGAACAAGCCUGCGAUUGUCAAAGCCUUGCUGCUCCUGGGCGCGCGGCGCAACGUGAAGACGCGGCGGGGCCUCACCCCGGAGGACCUAGCACGCCGCAGCGGCUUCGAAGAAGUCCUCAAUGUUUUGGAACAAGCGACGCUCCAGGAAGAGAGCACGCUUGAAAGUUUUGCCUCGACGAAUGGCAUGGCGAGCAUCCAAACGUGA